UCGCCAAUGCCCCUCGUUUGGCGCGUCUUCACCGCCCUCUUCCACCGUGAGGUCUCAAACCUGAGGAAUUUUCCACUUUUCUAUCUCUGGGUUGACAAUAACUUGAGCUCGUGGACUCGGUACUAUCCCUAAACCAACACCAGUACACGAAGAGGUCACAGAGUCGGAAUCAAGCUGUCGAAAAUGGCAGAUUCCAUUGAAUUGCCCGACGGACGCAUGAUCUGCUCGGCCCAUAAGCUGACCGUUUGCCACAAAUGCUGUGUCGACUACAGCUUCAUGGAAGAAAUCCUCGGCGAGGACGACGACGACGACGAUGACAAGGAGGAGUCGGAUGGAGCCGAGCAAUUGCCCGAUGGACGCAUGAUCUGCUCGGCCCACAAGCUUACUGUUUGCUACAAAUGCUGCGUCGACUACAGCUUCAUGGACGAAAUCCUCGACGACGAGGACGACGAGGACAAGGAAGAGUCAGACGGGGACGAGCUGCUGACCGAAGAGGAGAUGAAGGCCUUCAGGGAGCGUAUGAUAGCCAAAAAAGGAUGCGCGUGCUUCUUGCCCCUGCCGGGAACUGGGUGCAAGAACUGCGACCCUGAGCUAAAGGAGAAAAAUAAAGCGAAGACCAGCGAAACCAGAUCAGAAGAUAAUACCAAGAAGACAACAGCAGAGACAAGGAAGAAAUAACUCGGCAUAGGGCUAGGCUAUUUGAUAGUACGGCGCAUGGAAAAGGGGUGGAUUGAUUCUGGACAAGGAGAUCAAGCCAUAGAGAGCGAAAAAGACUGAGAAGGUCGCGAUCCUGCUAGGCAGGAAUAGUGUCAUGGUACAGGGCGUGAUAGGGUAUCACAUAGAAAAGGUCAUGACACGACAUGGCUGAAUAUAUGGAAACGCUGAUGCACGACGAGGCGAGGAAGUGCCCUAGAAGGAGACUCGCGGAAAGCAGUUAGGCAGACACUCCGAUAGCAGAGACACCUCAUUGGAG